UUUGGGCUUGUGAAAAUGUUACCUUGACUCUCAAUUGUUCAACACUGCUUCUUUGUUAAGAGAGCUCUUUGGCAAACGCUGUAUAGUUACAUUUCAGUACGCUUGGCUAACUCGCACGCUCAACAGUGUACUUAAACUCUGACAGUUUCCCCGAGUUAGUUAUGUUUAAGAAGUUGCUGUUCGUUUUGCUACUGGAGAGUAAUGUUUACAACAGCUGCACGUAUUUUCCUGUGGUCACUCCUCCACUUGACUCUCCAGGUGUUCAUCACUGCGGGGCAUGCACUACCUUUUCCUUCUGAUGGAAAUACUUCCAUUCACUUGAAAAGAAUAAAAAAGCAGUCCCCUGCUCACAGCUUAGAUUGGACAGUGUCCGAGUGGACAGAGUGCUCGGCAAGUUGUGAAGGUGGGAUUCGAUCAAGAUCAGUGCGUUGUUUGGAUCAAGAUGGAGUAAUUUUGAACACAUGUAAUCCCCAGAGUCGACCUGCUUCCUUCCAAUUCUGUGGACUGAUAGACUGUCAAACACUAGUUUCCUCACCUAAUGCCGCUCCAAAGAGUGGGGAGUACUCGUGGACCAACCAAGAUGGCUCUACAGUCACUCUAAGCUUGGAUAAUUUUGGUGGCAGUAGGUAUGAUAUUUUACAAAACACAACUGAGAAGGAUGGAACUGUUUCAAUAACGAGACAGAUUGUGGACCCUCCGAGUGUGUAUACUCGUAUUGGUGUGUUUGGACAUUCGAGUAUUAUUAGGUUUGAGCUGGAUGGUGAUCAGUUGUCUCUGAUGGUUGAUGAGCAAGAGCGUGUGCUUUUGGAUGACAUACAGAGUAUAGAUUUAACUGAAGAAUUGGGUAUUAUGUAUGCUAACCAGGUCAUUUCUAGUGUACAGGAUGGCUCAACGAUAAUUAAAGGUGUUGGUCAGUUGGUCUUUUACGAUGGCUUUCGUUUUUACCAGUUUGACAGUAGCAAAAUUGAUAGUCUGAAUGGCCAAGGCUCACUUUAUUUUAAUCCUUCAAGUAGUGUUGCUUUGUAUUCAACAAAUUCAGAACUCAAUUCAGCGUUUGAUGAUGUAUUUGUUGAGUUAUUAUCGGUGUCUCCGGAAGCAGAGGCAAUUCCGUUUCUAGAGCUAAGAGUAUUAUCUCCAACAGUCGCCUCAUUUGUCGCUGAUGUCAAUGAAACUGAAACUCUACCCACCGUAUCAACAUCUAUACCAACAGACACUCCAUCAUCCAGUACUGCGCCGACAGACGCUCCAUCAUCCAGUACUGCGCCGACAGACACUCCAUCAUCCAGCACUGCACCAACUGGCACUCCAUCACCCAGCACUAUGCCGACAGACACUCCAUCAUCCAGCACUGCGCCAACAGACACUCCUUUAACACGUACCGAACCACCCACUGAUCCAGCAGCUACUUUUGAAACAACAACUGAGCCUCAUAGCACUUUGGCAACUACAAUAGAGCCAACUGAGCAGCCAACUGAGUCAUCAUGCAUGGACACCAUCACCAUGGAAACACUCACUGCCAUGGUCACCAUCGCCACCCUCACAGUCAUGGGCAUCAUCACCAUGGACACCAUCACCAUGGAAACACUCACUGCCAUGGUCACCAUCAUCAUUUUUGCUGUCAUCAUGUUAUACGUUGCGUUCCUACUCGCUCAGUUAAGAAGCAUUCUCAUCCUAAGAAUCGAAAUGACGCAAGUCAUCGUCCUUCAGCCAAUCCCUACAAUGGUCCAGUACCACCAAUGGAUUAUAAAAAGAAAAGAGUUGUUCGUAAGCAAAGAGCAGCAUCUGGUCUCUAGCUGUGGUCUGACUCCGGAAAAGCACAUAGAAUAUAUACCACCGCAUUCUAUUGUUGGUCUCAAUAUAUGUUAG